AUGGGAGACUGGUCCAUUCUUGGCCGCUUCCUAACCGAGGUUCAAAACCAUUCCACAGUCAUUGGCAAGAUCUGGCUGACAAUGCUGCUCAUCUUCCGGAUCUUGCUUGUGGCCCUGGUGGGGGACGCUGUCUACAGUGACGAGCAGUCCAAGUUCACCUGCAACACCUUACAGCCUGGCUGCAAUAACGUCUGCUAUGACACUUUUGCUCCUGUCUCACACUUGCGCUUCUGGGUCUUUCAGAUUGUUCUAGUCUCCACACCCUCCAUCUUCUACAUUAUCUACGUCUUACAAAAAAUCACUAAGAAUGAAAAGAUAGAGGAUAAGAAGGUUGAAGUGGUGCCCAGGUCCUCACCUUUACUAGAAAGGGACAAACACAUGGGAGGAGAUAAAGAGACAACGCUGGAAGCUGGCAGUCCUUAUAACACAACCUAUGAUAAUGAGGACUGGAGCUCACAGGAAGGUGAGUGUAAGGAGAUGAGCCAGCUGGAGGAGGAAAUGAGAGAGGUAGGAAAGGACCCAACCCAGCUCUCCAGCCAAGUACUGCUUAUUUACAUCAUACAUGUUUUGCUGCGCUCCAUCAUGGAGAUAAUCUUCCUCAUUGGGCAGUAUUACCUAUUUGGAUUUGAAGUCCCACACCUUUUCCGCUGUGAGACCUACCCCUGUCCAAACAGGACUGACUGCUUUGUGUCCCGAGCCACAGAGAAGACCAUCUUUCUCAACUUCAUGUUCAGUGUCAGUCUAGGUUGCUUCAUCUUGAACAUUGUGGAGCUGCAUUAUCUAGGCUGGAUUUAUAUUUUCAGAGUAUUGUUCUCAGCAUGCUGCACAUGCUGUGAGUCAGAUAGAAACCCCAUGCAGCACGUGGAUUUAUACUCCGAUAACAACCCACUGUUGCUGGAGCUCAAACACUCACUCCGUGGCAGGGUUGUCCUGCAGACCACCUCUACCACGUCCCGGGACAAGAGCAGCGGUGUCCCAAACCAAGGCCCGGCCAUCUCCUUUGAGACAGACUCCACACUGGAGUGUACUUCGAAGAGAAAUCCAGAUGAAAAGGAACGCAGCAAGACUAGACUGCACAAUAUGGCCAAAAUAGGAAGAGGCAAAAAGUCAUGGCUGUAA